GUUGCUCGGAGGACGGUCGGAUUCGCGCUGUUGAUGCUGACGGUGUUUCUCUGGACGCUAUACAACUUUAUCGCCAGUUACAUCUUUGCCGACCAAACCUACAAUAAGCCGUUCUUUGUCGUAUACGUUAAUACCUCGAUAUUUGCCAUCUCGUUGGCACCCAAAUUUCUUCGAUAUUUGAGAAAGACUGGUUUCCGUGGACUGCGACACGAUGCGACUCAGCUAUGGGCGGACUACAGGCUGGGAACGACUCGGACAAAGACGUUGCGCGAGGACCAAGACGAGGGAGCCGGCGAGCGUUUGAUAUCGGAUGGGUACGGCAGCGCAGAAAGCACAAAGACGGAAGAGAAGCUGGGACUUCACGAAACCGCGGUUCUGAGCUUUGAGUUCUGUAUGCUCUGGUUCCUCGCCAACUACUUCUCCUCGGCCUGCCUGGAGUACACGAGCGUUGCCAGCGUUACGAUCUUGACAUCGACAAGUAGUGUGUGGACGCUCAUUUUCUGCUCUUUCUGCGGAAUCGAGCGCUUCUCGACACCAAAGCUCCUCGGCGUGGGAGCUUCGCUCGCCGGUGUCAUACUCAUUUCUACCGUGGACAUGUCUGGCACGAGUGACGAGGACCGGGGAUCGUUCCCACACAAGACAACGGCACAGAUUGCUAUUGGUGACUCGAUGGCGUUUCUGAGUGCGGUUAUCUACGGCAUGUAUGUGACGGUGAUGAAGAGGAGGGUUCCCGAUGAGGACAAGGUGGACAUGCAACUAUUCUUUGGAUUGGUUGGCGUGUUCAACUUGAUCCUCUUGUGGCCUCUUUUCUUCAUCCUACACUGGACAGGCUUGGAAACGUUUGAACUUCCACCAGAUGCCACAAUCUGGGGUAUCAUUAUUUUCAAUGCCGUGUCAUCCUUCAUCAGCGACAUCUCGUGGGCACUGGCACUGCUCAUGACCACACCGUUGGUGGUGACUGUGGGCCUGUCACUCACGAUCCCGCUGUCUUUGAUCGGUGAGAUGCUGCAAUACAGCCGAUACUCCAGCUUUACAUAUUGGAUUGGAGCAACGGUUGUGUUUGUGUCUUUUAUUGUAGUGAGCCGCGAGAGUCAUGAUGAA